GGCGGUGGCAGUGGGAAGCGGUUGAAGCGCAACCUGACGAACCAGCCUUUCGAAAUGACGACUCUCGCGACGAAGCGGAAGGGCGUCAACCCAUUCGAUGGCGCAAGCUCAGACGACAAUCGCCGGAAGAAAAACACAAAGAAUAGCUCACAAGGCGACUGGAAGAAGAGGUCCCCCCAGCCGCAAGGCGCGAAGCCGAAUGGCGCGAAGAAGGGCUCGAAAGGGAUCGGGUCCACGCAGUCGCGCGGCGGUUUCGGCACUCAAAACAACAACAACACUCAUGCACAGGGCGCAGAUUCUACCGACUACGAAACGGACGAUGCGACCAGCAACGCGGUCGGCGACGGUACGCCGUACUCCGACAGGAUAUUUUCCCAGCUUCGAAAGGAUGCAAUCAUGCCGCCACGAUGGCCUUCCGAUCCGGGAAACACGACCUCGAAGGCUGCCAUGGCCAAGUUCAGAGAGGAAUACAAGACAUAUCGUGACCGCGCCAGAUCUUCUUUGAUGCGCGCCGGCUUGAUUGACGAUCCGGACAAACCUAAACGCCUGGAGGACGCGAUCGUUUUCAAAGGCAUCUGCGACGCGAUGUGCCCUGACUUUGAAAAAAUCACCCGCAUUACCGAGUUCGACGUUCAGUCCGCCGAGAAAGACCCCCAGACGACUUUCGCCAUCACCUCGAAGAUGGUCAAGAAGCUGGCCAGGUCCGCAGCUGGCCAGGAGGCACCUCUACCCAUGGAUGUCAGAUCUACCGCAGCACUCAGAAAAACGCUCGAUUACCUCAUCGACGAUCUACUACAAACGGAUGAAAAUCUGCCCUCCCUACACGGCUUUCUAUGGGACAGGACACGAGCGAUUCGUAGAGACUUUAUUUUUCAUUCGUCCAUGUCCCCCGAGGAGAUGAAGGACCAAGUUUACUGCCUCGAGACAAUCGCCAGAUUUCACGUCACGUCUCUACAUCUUCUUUCCCAGGAAGGAUUCGCACCAGAAGACUUCUCCGAACAACAGGAAAUCGAACAGCUUGGGAAGUCAUUACUUUCGCUCAUGUUUGCAUACGAUGACUGCAAACCCCAGGGCGUCGUUUGCGAAAACGAGGCCGAGUUCAGAGCGUACCAUUUACUCUUCAGUGCGAACAAACCCAAUAUACUCGACGACGUGCAAAAGGAGUGGGGAGACUCUCGUUUCUGGACCGAAUCCGACGAAAUCAGGACAGCCGUUUCACUUGUCGAGAGUCUGCAAAGUGCCGAGGAUUUUCACGGUCCAUUGGGCUCCGGGCCAUCUAUGGCGGUAUCCGGCGCACAUCGCACCUAUUUCCGAAUCCUCGAAAGCAAACAAGUGUCCUACACGAUGGCUUGCUUUGCAGAGAUUCAUCUUGGUCAACUGCGUCGCUCGGUUCUGCGCUCCCUAAAGAAGGCGUACACAAGACCUCGACACGGGGCGAAAGAUAUCACGCCUUCUACACUCAACCGCUUUCUUCGCUUCGACACAGAAGCUCAAGCAAUUGAUUUUGUCGAGCAGCAUGGCCUCGGCUUUUCAGAUGGACAAGGACCAUCGGGCGAACCCGUCCGAUACCUCGACACUUCGCAACGUCUAACAUGGCCAAGAAUCCACCACAGUUUCUCCCAUCAACUUGUAGAAAGGAAAAGAGGGCACCGCGGUCUUCCUGAUGUCAUUCACAGCACUAUUCCCGACCAGUCCACACAAACCGCA